CACGGCUUUGCCUCAGGGUGCAAAAAUGCAGAGCAAUAAAGGCUUUAGCUCGGACAAACAGAACCAUACUCCAAGGAAGCAGCACCAGCACCAGCACCAGCAUCACCAGCAGCAGCCGCAGCCGCAGCCGCCACCGAUCCCUGCAAAUGGGCAGCAGGCUAACAGCCAGAAUGAAGGCCUGACUAUUGAUCUGAAGAAUUUUCGGAAGCCAGGGGAGAAGACUUUCACCCAGCGGAGCCGCCUCUUUGUGGGCAAUCUCCCUCCUGACAUCACUGAAGAGGAGAUGAGGAAACUGUUUGAGAAAUAUGGAAAGGCAGGCGAGGUGUUCAUUCACAAGGACAAAGGCUUUGGCUUCAUCCGCCUGGAAACUCGCACCCUAGCCGAGAUCGCUAAAGUGGAGCUGGACAACAUGCCCUUACAUGGAAAGCAAUUGCGAGUGCGCUUUGCCUGCCAUAGGGCAUCCCUGACAGUUAGGAACCUGCCUCAGUUCGUGUCCAAUGAACUGUUGGAAUUGGCUUUCUCUGUCUUUGGCCAGGUGGAGAGAGCUGUAGUGAUUGUGGAUGAUCGAGGAAGGCCUUCAGGGAAAGGCAUCGUGGAAUUCUCAGGGAAGCCAGCUGCCCGGAAAGCUUUGGACAGAUGCAGUGAAGGAUCCUUCCUUCUGACUACAUUUCCUAGGCCAGUGACUGUGGAGCCGAUGGACCAGUUGGAUGAUGAAGAAGGGCUCCCAGAGAAGUUGGUCAUCAAGAACCAACAAUUUCACAAGGAACGAGAGCAGCCACCUCGAUUUGCCCAGCCUGGCUCUUUUGAGUACGAGUACGCUAUGCGCUGGAAGGCACUGAUUGAGAUGGAGAAGCAGCAACAGGACCAAGUAGACCGAAACAUCAAGGAAGCCAGAGAGAAACUGGAGAAGGAGAUGGAAGCUGCUCGCCAUGAGCACCAGGUCAUGUUGAUGAGGCAGGAUUUGAUGAGACUCCAGGAAGAGCUGCGGAGAAUGGAGGAGCUACAUAACCAGGAGGUGCAGAAACGCAAGCAAAUGGAGCUCAGGCAGGAGUAGGAACGCAGGAGGCGUGAAGAGGAGAUGAGGCGGCAGCAGGAAGAAAUGAUGCGACGCCAGCAGGAGGGCUUCAAAGGAAACUUCCCUGAUGCGAGAGAGCAGGAGAUGCGGAUGGGCCAGAUGGGUAUAGGAGGUGCUAUGGGCAUAAACAACAGAGGAUCCUUGGGAGGUGCUAAUGUGCCAGCUGGUGCCCCAAGUGCUCCAGGGCCUGGUCCAAUGAUGCCCGAUGGAACCAUGGGCAUCUGGACCCCACCACCCAGUGACCGCUUUGGCCAGGGUGGUACAAUGGAAGGACUUGGGGCAAUGGGUGGAAACCCUCCCGCAUUCAACCGAGGAACUCCUGGAGGGGACUUUGGCCCAAACAAACGUCGCAGAUACUAAUAGAGUCACAGUGUCGAGUUUCCCCUGACCCUGCAGACAAGGACCCUUUUUGGACUAGCCAGGAUUCUACCUUAGAGGGGUGUUGGGGCUCCGCUCCUCCUACUAGUUAGGCCUCCCCACUUGAACUACUCUAGGUAGGAAAUUUGCUGAGGGCAGAGAGGGGUUAGGGAGGGGCAUUUAGUGAAGCAGUUCUAU